ACAAAGGCCCCCGAAUAAUUUCUUCCUUACACAAAUGGCUAGUUCCAGCUAUGAUGUGCUGCGGAAGCAGGCGCGCUCACUGGAAAAUGAAAUCGACCUGAAGCUGGUAGCGUUCAGUAAAAUUGGAGCUGGCAGCGGGGGCAGCAGCGGCAUAAGCAACAGCAGCAGCGCUGACACAUCACCUCUGCUUGGGGACCUUGUCUUCGACUCGCUGUCCGAGGAAAUCGAGCAGAUGCUGGAGAAGCUGUCGACCCUCAAUGAGUCGAUGUCCGACCUGCCAGCAACAGGUGCUGCCGCCAUGCACACCCUACAGCGGCACAGAGAGAUCCUGCACGGCUACAGGCAGGAGUUUAACAAAAUAUGCGCCAAUCACACGGUGCGAAUUGAGCGUGAGGAACUGCUCCGCGGUUCCGGCCUGACCACUUCAGGCAGUCCCUCGAUAUCGGGCCUUAGUCGUCGCGAGAUGUACAUGAAGGAGACCGGGCACUUGAGCAGCGCCAGUCACCUGGUGAACGAUCAGAUCAACAUAGCCAUCGAAACGCGCGACCAUCUGCACGCCCAGCGUCAGGCCUUCAAGCGGCUGCAGACGCGAUUCAAUGACAUAUCGAAUCGAUUCCCACUGAUUUCCAGUCUCAUUCAGCGCAUCAAUAUAAAGAAGCGGCGCGAUUCGCUCAUUCUGGGUGCGGUAGUGGCAUUCUGCAUAAUUCUGCUUUUGCUCUAUGCCUUCAAUUAGCGACCCAUCGUCUUGGACAAUCCAAAGAUAGAGCUUUUAUCCAACUCAACUGCAGACAUUUUGCAAUUUCCGUUUAUUUCUCCGAUGGUAUAUGUGUAUAAUUAACUUGUGAUAGCAAUAAAAUGUAGUAUAAGGAUGAAUAAUAUAUAACGUCGCUAACAAAUCA